GUGUGGGCAGUGUGGGCCCCCGCCGCCGGCGCCCCCGCCCCCGUGCGCUACGACCAGCGCCAAACCGGCAACGUGAACGUGCAAGUGGACCUCAAGGACGUGGAGAUCUACGCCAUCCUGGACGAGAGCCUGCUCGCCGGGCUGGGGGUCGGCGGCGACUACGACUACGACUACUCGCAGCUGACGGAGAAACCGCCCGCGACGACGGGCAAGCCGGGCAACGCCACGGCCUCGGCCACCACCAAGAAGCCCGGCGUGCCCAGUGUGCGCACUGCGGAGGCUGCUGGCAAUGUGGUCCAAGCCGUGCAAGCUGUGGAGCGGUCCGCUGUCAAGGAGGCCGUCAAGGAGGCCGUCAAGGAGGCCGCGCAGGCUAGCGUUGGCAGGGAGGCCGCCGCCGCCACCCCCGCCGCCCCAGCCGUGACGCCCACCAAGGUGUCCGUGGCGCACCGGCGCUGCGGCUCCGGGUACCACAGGGACGCCGCCGGCCGCUGUAGGCGCGACCGCCGCCCCUUGCUCAAGUACGCGCUGAAGCGUCGUCCGGCCAGCAGGUCCGCCGCAGCCGCGGCCGCGGCGUCGGUGUCGUCCGUCCCCGCUGCGGACGAUGCGUCCCCCAUCACCGUGGUGGCUCUGCUGCCGCCCGCGCCCCCUGCACCCGCCACAGCACCGCCUGCACCCGCCAAGACGGCCACCCCAGCGGAGUCACUCAAGACGGCGUCCAGGGCACCGGUGGCAACUUUUGCUCCCAAGGCACCCGUCGUGGCCGAUGCACCAAAAGUACCCGUCGUGUCUGCUGAUGAUGCACCCGAAGUACCCAUCGUAUCUGCUGAUGCACCCAAAGUACCCAUCGUAUCUGCUGAUGCACCCAAAGUACCCAUCGUAUCUGCUGAUGUACCCAAAGUACCCAUCGUAUCUGCUGAUGUACCCAAAGUAGUACCCAUCGUGUCUGCUGAUGCUGAAGCACCCAAAGUAAUACCCAUCGUGCCUGCUGAUGCUGAAGCACCCAAAGUACCCAUCAUCGUGGUUGAUGUGCCCAAGGAACCCAUCGUGGCCAAUGCACUGCAGAAGUCACCCGCAGAACGCGACUCUCCCGCUGACCCCGUGAAAGUCAACGAUCUGAAAACGCCAGCAGCUGCAGAUUUAAUGGCAGCAACCUCCGUGAUCGCGCCGCUCGCGGCCAAGCCCGUCGUCUGAUCCACCCGCGCCCCUUUCGUGGUGGGAAACCAUGACUGAAUGUUGCCUUUCUUUUCUGACCUCCGGAGAACUGCCCUUGGGAGUCUGACUUCGGGCAUUAGGUAAGGGUAAUCAUUUUUCUACCUGGAAUUUAAAAAAAUCUAGAAAACAAAUUGAAUAAAAACCAGGUUGUGCUAGAGAUGCGGAAAACGGCCGAAGAGGCAAGAGUGUCUGGUCUGAUGCCUUGUCUCUCCGAGCGCGUAACGCAUGUCUAGCAUGCAGGCACUCCUCCGAGGUCAGAUGAGAAGGUUCGAAAUGGGGGAAAUGUGUCUCUCUUUUGUGCUCGAAAGUCAGGAAAUCAACAACGUAUUCACAAUAUCAAAAGGCAUUUUACGGAAAAGCUACUAGUCAUGACGCUCUCCGUUCUGACCCUGGCGGUGUCCGUGCGACAGGACAGGACGGUCGAUUCGGUCCAUUUCGUAAAAUGACUUUCAUCGCUGUCACGUACGGCGUUCCUGUUGAUUGGUGCAAUGGAAAAUGAAAUAAAAAGUCCAAUACAAAUGAAACGUCAA